AUGACCAAGCGCAAGCAUCUAGAUAGUAAAGCUGCCGCAUCCUCAAUCACUGAGACCUUGAAGCAGCUAGAUAGUAAAGCUAAUGUAUCCUCGACCAUCAAGCCCAAGAAGCAACUCGAGCAACAGCAAAAGGUUUUAAAGCGGCGUUGUGUUGGCAACUUCAGAAGCUAUUACACAUACCGGCUGGGUCAGAAACAUCAAGGUGAGCUGGAAGACGAUCCGCGUCUCGCAGCGCUGACUAAAAUUUGGUUUGAGAGCAAACGUGGACUUGAUAUCGGAUGCAACUCUGGAGAGCUGACGAUAGCGAUUGCCAAACAUCUGGCACCAAGCUAUCUAUUAGGUGUGGAUGUUGACCCACAGCUCAUUUCAAGAGCUAGAGGACAUUUAAAAGAUCUUAUACGGCAAGAACAGAUCGAAAAAGCUUACAAAGAAAUCUCCGUCAAAAUAAAUACGAAUGAUGAGAAUGGAAUCACGGAGUCUCUUGCUGAAGUCAGAAGUAAGGAUCAAGGUAUUGCAGGUGAUGAAAUCAGAUGCAAUAAAAGUGCCGCGAUUGAAGAUGUCUUUGCUAGCAAUAUGCCAGUAUCUUUUAAGCUAUGGAAGCCGUCGAUGAAGACAAAAAUCCCUCGUGUUAUUGGCAAAGCUAUUGCCGGUCAACAGUUUCCAUUCAACGUGAUAUUCAAGCAAGAAGAUGUUGUGGUGGAUGCUCAUGCAGGCAAGGACUAUGAUUUUAUAACGUGCUUCAGUGUGACAAAAUGGAUCCAUCUUUUUCACGGAGAUGAUGGCAUCAAGAAGGUUUUUCAGAAGAUUUAUGAACUUCUGGUGCCUGGUGGCCGGCUAGUUCUGGAGCCCCAGCCAUGGAAAUCAUAUCAUAACCGCAAAUUCACGACAGAAGUUACCGCAGCAAAUUACCCAAAUAUUCGAUUGCGACCAAAGGACUUUCCACAAUAUUUAAUAGACGUGAUUGGCUUCCAGAGCUGUGAACUCCUAAAGGUUUGUCAGACAUCGUCGAAAGGCUUUCGGAGACCAGUUUACGUUGCUCAGAAGUAA